UAUCACCUAAAACUUUGUGCAAAGUUAAGUGUAACAACUAAUCUGCCCUUCACAACUCUCCCCUUGUUUACUCCACCUGAGAUUGCAUCUUGUAAAUUAAGCUUAAACUAGACGACUUUUAUCAUUGAUAUCAGGCUAUCAGCAAUAAGAUCCCGAAAUCACUUUAAAAUCUCACUUUUGAAUUUCAAGCAAAGGAUGUAUCAUGUAUGACAACUGAAGAUAGCUCUUCUUUGCUGGGGUUUUGCUAAAGAUUUACAUUGAGUGUUACAUGUUUGAUGAAAUGCCUGAAAGAGGAAAGACUUUACUGUGAUGAUGAAUUGGUCGAAUCCUGUUAGUAGGAGUUUUAACUCUACCUGGGGACUAAAAACCCGUCUCCGAGUAGUGGUGAUUGGGGUUGUUGUAAUUAUUGGGUUUAUACUACUUAUAUCUCUUGGACCGCGAAGCAAAAGGGCACUCGGGUUAUCAGAAGAAUGUCGAAUUCCUGCCAUUUACAACUUUGGUGACUCAAAUUCUGAUACAGGUUGUGUUUCGGCUGCAUUUAGACGUGUUCCAUAUCCGAAUGGUAUCUCCUUUUUCGGCAAACCUUCUGGGAGGUACUGUGAUGGGAGGCUGAUCAUUGAUUUUAUUGCUGAGAAGUUAGGGUUGCCUUUUUUGAGUGCAUAUUUGGAUGCACUUCAAGCCAACUUUCAGCAUGGCGCAGAUUUUGCUGCUAGUGGGACUACAAUCCAACAUGUCAAUGGGGAGCUGUUUGGAAGUGGUCUUAAUCCUCUUUCCCUUGAUGUACAGCUUUUGCAGUUUGAAGGCUUAAAAGAACGGACUAGUGAGCUAUAUGCUCAAGGUUAUAAAAUAAAAUACCGCUUGUCAAGACUUGAAGACUUCUCAAAGGCUCUAUAUACGUUUGAUAUUGGGCAAAAUGACAUUCAUCAUGCAUUAACAACUACGACAGAGGAUGAAGCUCGUAAAUCUAUUCCUGAUCUUGUAUAUCAGUUCCCGUUCGCAAUAAAGAAACUUCACGAGUUAGGAGCAAGGACAUUUUGGAUACAUAACACUGGCCCUAUCGGUUGCUUGCCAUAUUUACUGUUGAAAUAUCCUCCCAAUCCCGGAAAUGUUGAUGAAGCCGGUUGUGUGAAGUCUUACAAUGAGGUAGCAAAAGAGUUCAACAGGCAGCUCAAGAACAAGAUUUCUGAACUGCGGACUCAACUACAGAAUUCUCUUCUUGUAUAUGUUGACAUUUACUCAGCUAAAUACUCUCUUGUUACUGAAUCAAAGAAAUAUGGUUUUGUUGAUCCGCUUGGUUACUGUUGCAAGCAUGUUGGUAAUUCUAGCUUGCAUUGUUGGAACAAAGAAAAAAAGAACGGGGUUGCAGUUUAUGCAACCCCGUGUAAUAAUCCAUCAGAAUACAUAAGUUGGGAUAGCAUACAUUAUACGGACGCUGCCAAUCGAUGGGUUGCAAACCGGAUUUCAGAUGGAUCUCUCGCUGAUCCUCCUCUACCCUUCUCUAAAUUAUGUAAAAAGUCUGCCCUUUGAACUGUAUUACUGGAGAAUGACCUGAUUUGUAUUAUGCUGCAUUUACAUUCAAUCCCCUUUUCACAUUUUCAUGUUAUACAUCAUAUUUUUAUGGAAAUUUUUUGAAUUUAACCCGUUAA